CGGACAGACGCGAGUUUGGAGGAUUAGCAAAAGACAUCCAAAUAUUUUCUGAUUGUUGUUUGUUGUUUGGAGCGCAAAGCAAACGCAACAAGGAUGGCGAUGGCACGACGAGUCCUGCCUGCGGGCGUGGGUGUGUUCACCGUGGUGUUGGUGGCGGUGAUGGUUGUGGGAACGACGACGCCAGUGUUGGGGAUGCCCAUGCCAAAGAAGACAACCUUGGGCAACUCGGCUUUCUUUGUGGAGGACCUGGCUGAAUUCCUUCACUGGGAUACAACGACGCCAACAACGCCACGCAAUGUUCGCACGAAGCUUGACGCUUGGCUGGCCUCCUUCCAGACCAAUAUGCAGGGCUACACUGAGUCGGCAGCGCAUGCGUUUGAAUGGAUUCCGCAGUACAUCGGCGAGGCGAACCCGCAAAACAGCCUGACGUGGUCCACGCAGUGCUUUGGCCAUAACACCCUUCACGUCACGGAUCUCAGCAGCGAUGGUGCCAAGCUGCACGUCAACUUCUCCGAGCCCAUCUCCUCGUCAUCGUGCGAGGAAGACUUUUACAUGGUGGCCACCAUCCAAGGCCUCUUCUUUAUUCAGGUGCACGCUGCCAAAGCCGAGGUACACCAAUGGCCAGGCAACAUCAACUCCCAAGAACUUUCGUGGAUCAACCGAAACGGGUUCCGUGUGUUCCGGUUCAACGGCACGCUGGACUCAACACUGCGCUCUCUCGGCGCAACAGCGAGUCUCUUCCUCCCCGCCGAACUCACACGCGAGGUGUGGGAGAAGGUUGGCGCACGCAACGUAGAGUUUCUGCGGGCAAAAGCGUUCUAUGAGCUGCCGGAGCGAAACACAACAGAUGUGAUCCCAGACGAGAGCGACAUCCACGACGGCGACUUCUUUGGCGUCCUGCGUCUCGAUGGCCUUGAUCCAAUGCUCGCCUGGGCGAUGGGCGCUCACACAGGUCACACGACCGUAGCGCUUCGCUUUGAUGGCGAGUUGUACAUCUGCGAGAGCACAACCGUGUCCUCCUAUUGGCCAACAGACGGCAUUCAGAAGACCCCGUACCGGCAGGUUCUGAUUGGGCUGGUGGAGAAGGUGGAUGCGGACAUUGCCGCGAUGAUGUGGACGAUGGCACUCAACAAGCGUCUUGGCACUGCCAACCUGACGGUUGCCGAGGUCUACGACACCGCCGCCAGCCGCAACAUCUCCUUCACCACCCUCUUUGCCAUGCCAGAGCAGGACUCGUGGCAAUACGUGGAUGGGUACUCGAUGGUGUGCGACGUGCUUGUGUGCGAGACGUGGAAGGCAGCAGGCCUUAUGGGCGCUUUGACCGACAAGAUCCAGUGCACAGAGUUUACAAACUGGGAUGCGUACACGCUGAACAUCUUUGACUCGACCACACCCCGUCCGGCCGCGUGCAAGGCAGCCGACCCAGACCUCCCAUUCUGCCAGAUCUUGGGCAAGUACCGGAUGGAUCUUCCGUUUUACAACAGUCGUCCCAUGGUUCCGCACAUGGCCGAGCGCUGUCCUCGUGGUCCUCCCCCACACUUUCCCAAACCAUCAGGCUGUUGACCUGGGUAUGCAUGUGCGCACAUGCGACUGACGUACAUCCGUACGCGCGCGCACGUGCGUGCGUGUGUUGCAUGAUUCAAAGGCCUGGUUUUGAUGUUCACCAAUGCCUUACCUUGUUCCGCUUGCGCUGUCAUCAUCUCAUUUUGCUUUCGUUAUUGGCCAUUCUUUGCUUUUUGCUUUUUGUUCUUGCUGCCAUGCACACGUGUUUGCCACCGUGCACAGGUGGUCGCGCUUUCCCCACUUGCUGCGUUUUGCCAUCUGUCACGUUCACCAACAGUACACAAUCACCCCCAAA